AUGACCAGAAAAGAUGGUUCAUAUCGUAAUAGCUCUGCUACGAGCUCGAGCACUGGAAGUUGGAAAUCUACUGAUACGAUAAAAGGCCCGGGCUACUUCCAGGGUUCAUCAAUGAAGAGAGGAGCUCCAAUGCAGGUGAAGACGGAUAGAUCAAGUAGGGUAGAAAUUGAUGCUCAAGUUUCGCCGACGUCUGCCGGACCUCGAAAUACAAUAUCUCCAUCUUCAUCUAUUUCUCCUAAUGUAUCCCCACGGGAGCAAAGAAUGGCCGACUUCGGCAAUUAUCGACGUGAUCUCGCAGUCCUCGAAACCUCUGGUGGGCGCAUUCCUCAAAUUCAUCAUAAUCCACCAACAGCGAUAGCUUCUUCAAAUCAAAUUGCCCCUUGGAUGUCUAAUGGCGGCAGCGCAACCGGUUCACCAAAUGGCUUCACUAGUUUCUAUAAUGAUUCUAGCGAUGCAUUGUCGCAAGCUUCACAGUUGUCGCCGGUUGCAAGGCCUGGGACUGCAGUAACGGGAAAUACAAAUGCGAGCGAUUCACCUGCAGAUGCAUUGUUUGGCGACGGCGACGAGAGAAGACCAUCUGUUGCGAGCAUAACGACAGCAAGCAGCACUGGAUCAAAAGGCAGUGUCAGUAGAGCGGUAGGUGGACUUCACAAAAAGUUAACAAGUUUCUUUGGCGAGGACCCUACAAGUUCCGACACGAGCCUUCCAUCGCAGCAAGGAAAGGAGGCACGAUCGCAUUCAUUUGCGCGGAGUCAUCGAGACAGAAAUCAUUCAUCUGCCACAGACCACGGACAUUAUAGAGAUGCAUCCCCAGCAGGUGGAUCCCGACCUAGAACACCCGUACCAUCUAGCGAAGUAGUUCCAUUUUUAUAUCAGAAUUCCCAGGACAUAUCUCUGUAUGGAGAAGCUCCUGUGCGAGAGAACCUUUCCGGCCCCGAUAGGGAACGCUACAUAAACGAUAGUUCGGAUAAGCCACCCAAAACCUCAUCGUCUUCUAAAUCUCAUCAUCUUCCUGGGCAUCAUCUACGUAAUCGAAGCAAUGAUGACACUAGAUCCUUGCGACCGACUGUAAGUAGAGAGGAAUCUGCAUUCGGUAAUCGCUUCAAGGACCGGAAUAAUCCCAUGGGCACAGCUUCGGCCAACGCUUCCAAUCCUAACCUUCAACGACCGAAGAGCCCAACACCGAGCGGCAUGAGUACAUGGAGUCAACCAACCAAGAACGGCAAUGGCGACGCUCCAUCUUCACCCAGAGACAACAAUAAUAGUACGAAAAGGAGUCUUCUAAAUCUGACCGGUAGAUUCAAGAGGCACAAGGACAAAGACCACACACCGUCUCGCUUGAAAGAAACACCAGCACCUAGUCGGGCACCGAUGAAUGGAACCUCGCGGCAAGAUGCAGGUAGGAUAUAUGAAUCGCCGGAUCUCGCAAAAUAUAGCCAAGAUGGAAGCAUCACUGGAUCAGAGCUCAACCUUACAACCCAGUAUAUGAAUGGCAGUGCUCGCCCACCGGCUGGACGACAAGGCACCUUUCCCAAGCUACCGUUUCGAAAAGGUCGGGGGCGCGCAGAGGAUACAGACCAAACAUACGAUACAUCAGAUCGUGGUGGGGAUAAUAUUCACCACCUUGAUACCAAUUUAUCGAAUAUGGAAGGCAUCUUAACAAAGCCGCCACCUCUAACUCCACUCGACAACAACAUUUUUAAUGGAAAUGGACACGAGGAUGAGGGUACGGCAGAUGCUGAAAGUGCAGGCGGCCUAGGGUGGAAUGCGCCAGACAGCUGGGCUGUCAAGAAAGUCGAUGAUGAAAAUAUGUCGCGACUUCCAGAGAUUGACGAAGCAGGUAUUCCUCAAAAGGCAGACGAAAAAGCGAGCCCUUAUUGCAUAAGAAUAUUCAAAGUAGACGGAACUUUCGCCACAUUGUCGACUGCGCUUAAUACUACUGUUACGGAACUGGUGGCUCAGCUCAACAAAAAGACUUACCAAGCUGACAAUCUGGAGAACUAUCAAAUUGUAAUGAGGAAACAUGAUUUGCAAAGAAUCCUUGCUCCUGGAGAACGGCCGCUCGUUAUACAAAGACGACUUUUAGAACAAGCGGGAUAUGAGCCUGGAGAUCGAAUCGAAGAUGUAGGAAGGGAGGAUAACAGUUACCUCUGUAGAUUCUCUUUCCUCCCGGCUAGGCAAGGAGGUUAUGCGUCAGUUUCCAACGACAAUGGGCUUGCCCCCAAAAGUCAGAAAUACAGCCAUGUCGACUUGUCAGGAAGGAACCUCAUUACUAUUCCGAUCGCAUUGUAUUCUAAGACUUCAGAAAUGAUAUCGCUCGAUCUAUCGCGAAACUUGUCACUGGAUGUGCCCAAAGACUUUAUUUCGUCGUGUGUCAACCUAAGAGACAUCAAAUUUCGCAGCAACGAAGCGUGGAAGCUUCCAGUCAGUCUUACUCGAGGCAGUCGAGUAACAAUGCUUGAUCUCACAAACAAUCGAAUCGAAAAUUUGGAUCACGCUGAGCUCUCGAGACUGCAAGGACUUGUUAGUUUAAAGUUCGCUAACAACCGACUGAAAAGCCUGCCUUCGUACUUUGGCAUUUACAGAUCGAUGAGGACUUUGAAUCUCUCAUCGAAUUUCUUAGAAGAAUUCCCAGAAUUUCUUUGUAAUAUGGUGAGCUUGACUGAUAUGGAUAUGAGUUUCAACGGAAUAUCGGAACUCCCAAUCGAGAUCGGCAAACUUACAGCUCUGGAACGAUUCGUUUUCACAAACAAUCGUCUGAAAGGUUCACUUCCCACAAGUUUUGGAAAACUUGUGAACCUUAAAGAAGUCGAUAUUCGAUACAACUUGCUUUCGAGCAUCGAUAUCGUUGCAACCCUUCCCAAAGUUGAACAAAUUUCCGCCGAUCACAAUUCAGUCUCCGUCUGCGAAUGUGAAUUCACUAAUAUCAGAAUCCUUCGAUUGAAUUCGAAUCCUGUAACAAAAUUCGAAAUCAAAAACUCCGUUCCCACCCUAACAACACUCAAUCUCUCGAACGCAAAGCUGGCACAAAUCCCCGAUGCUGCUUUCGACAAGAUGCCAAAUCUUAAUAAGCUCGUACUAGACAUAAAUCACUUUGUGUCUUUACCGGCACAGAUUGGCAAAUUGCGCAAAUUGGAGUAUUUCAGUAUUGCCCGAAAUUCGUUGAGUAGUCUUCCAGCGGAGCUUGGGUGCCUGACAGAACUUCGAUACCUUGAUAUAAGACAAAACAAUCUCAAGAAACUUCCCAUGGAGAUAUGGUGGGCAAACAAGUUAGAAUUCCUCAAUGUUUCUUCCAACGUUUUGGAGAACUUUCCAAAACCAGGUUCAAGACCUCCUCAACCACCUGGCGACGUUGGUUCUGCCAACAAUAAUCUUAACCCGAAUUCGCAAAACUCAAGCUUCGAAGAGCUCGGACCUUUGGACUUUGGACAUAGAAGGCCAAGUCAGGCGUCUAGUGGGCUUCUCAGCGUAGGUAGCUCACCAGUUCCUGAUGCCAGGAAAGGAUCAGUCGUAUCAGUUUACGGUAAAGGAGGACGCAAGACUUCAGUAGUGUCAAGAAGUACUUCUGCAAGUACAAUUAAUCACCCACCACCGGUAAACAUACGUAAGGAUUCAGGAUUGUCCGCAAAACUUGUUAAUACAUUCGCCGGAUCACUGAGAAAUCUUCACCUGGCUGAUAAUGGGCUUGACGAUGAUGUUUUCGAUGAGCUCACUCUUCUCAGCGAACUGCGGGUUCUAAACCUUUCUUACAACGAUCUCAAUGAUAUACCAUCGAGAUCCAUCAAGAGCUGGCCGCAAUUGGUUGAGCUUUACCUAUCUGGAAACGAGCUCACUUCACUCCCUUCAGAUGAUUUUGAAGAAUUCAGUCUCCUGCAAGUCUUGCACAUCAACGGCAACAAAUUCCAAACCCUACCUGCAGAACUUGGAAAGGCGCAUCGCUUGACCGUUUUAGAUUGUGGUAGUAAUUCGUUGAAGUACAAUGUCUCAAAUUGGCCCUACGAUUGGAACUGGAAUUGGAACACGAACUUGAAAUAUCUUAAUCUUUCCGGAAAUAAACGUCUAGAGAUUAAGCCCUCGCUGCCGGGAAGUGCGGGUGCUCGUGAUGGGCGUGAUCUUACGGAUUUCAGCGCAUUGCAAUCUCUGCGAAUAUUGGGCCUUAUGGAUGUAACUUUAACUAUCCCAUCUAUUCCCGAUCAGACCGAAGACCGAAGAGUUCGUACUUCAGGCUCUCUUGCAGGACAGCUGGCUUAUGGAAUGGCAGACAGUCUGGGUAACGAUUCGCACUUAUCUAUCAUCGAUAUGGUUGUGCCUCGCUUUAAUUCUACUGAGACAGAAACCCUUUUGGGAAUGUUUGAUGGUGCGAUAUCGUCGAAUAGAGGUUCGAGAAUUGCAAAAUACCUCCAUGAAAAUUUCGGUCACAUUUUUAGCGAUGAAUUGAAAAGACUGAACGCUCUCAAUAAUGAGACCCCCAAAGACGCGCUUAGACGGGCUUUCUUGUCACUCAACAAAGACUUAGCUACCGCUGCAGCUCAGAGUAACGAAGAGAGGGCAGUGCUUUCGCAAAGGGGAUCCACUACACCCGCAGUUCUCGCACAAGACGAUCUUACCUCUGGUGGUGUAGCUACUAUCAUGUUCUUGCAACAAUCCGAGCUUUACGUCGCCAAUGUUGGAGAUGCUCAAGCCAUGCUCAUUCAUGAAAAGGACGGUCAUCGAAUUCUAACCCGAAAGCAUGACCCUGCCGAGCCAAACGAAAGACAACGCAUCCGAGAUGCAGGUGGGUGGGUCUCCAAGCAAGGAAAGUUGAACGAUGUUCUCGAGGUCUCCCGUGCAUUCGGCUAUGUCCAUCUACUGCCAGCCGUUCAAGCUGCACCUCAUGUGACGCAUGUCACUAUCAAAGAGCAGGACGAGAUGGUGCUAAUUGCUUCAAGAGAGCUGUGGGAGUAUUUAUCCCCUGAACUUGUGGUUGAUAUCGCCCGGUAUGAAAAGCAUGACCUCAUGAGAGCUGCACAAAGACUUCGAGAUCUUGCCAUCGCCUUUGGCGCUUCUGGAAAGAUUAUGGUCAUGAUGAUGGGUGUCAGUGAUCUAAAGAAGCGUGCUCAAAUUCGACCGCACCGGGUUCAAAGUCUAUCUUUUAACCCAAAUAUGAUGAUGGACGAGGGCUAUGUUCCUUCAAAGAGACCUAAGAAGAAGAUCAAUGAUAUCGAAGAUUCAUCGCUCCGAAGACUAAAACAAGAAGUUCAAGCGCCUGUGGGCGACAUUGGUAUUGUCUUCACAGAUAUCAAGAGCUCUACCGCACUUUGGGAAACAUAUCCCAACGCCAUGCGAUCUGCAAUCAGACUCCAUAAUGAGGUCAUGCGCCGCCAAUUGCGCAUCAUUGGUGGUUACGAGGUCAAGACAGAAGGAGAUGCUUUCAUGGUAUCAUUCCCUACCGCGACAUCUGCUCUCCUUUGGUGUUUCGCUGUCCAAGCAGCAUUACUUGAAGUUAAUUGGCCUGCCGAAGUUAUAACGAGUCACAUGGGGCAUGAAGUUUAUGACAGCAAUCAAAAUCUGAUUUUCAAGGGUCUGAGCGUCAGGAUGGGCGCUCAUUGGGGUCGACCAGUGUGCGAGAAUGAUCCAGUAACGAGACGUAUGGACUAUUUCGGUCCUAUGGUCAAUCGAGCAGCUCGUAUUUCUGCCGUUGCCGAUGGUGGUCAAAUCACUGUAUCAGCUGAUUUUAUCUCUGAGAUUCAACGAUGCCUAGAGACAUACAGUGAAAGCGACCGCUCUGGGUCUACCGGCUCAGAAGAUGCUUUCGACAGCGAUCUUAUCAGUCAAUCAAUUCGUCGUGAGCUCCGCUCCCUAAGCAGUCAAGGGUUUGAGGUCAAAGACAUGGGAGAAAGAAAGCUCAAAGGAUUAGAAAAUCCCGAGUACAUCUACCUCAUGUAUCCACAUUCACUUGCUGGCCGAAUUCACUCCCAAAGAUCCCUGGAAGGGGAGGCGGCCGUCAUUACGGAGGAGCCUGCCACUCUUGCUCCUGAUUCGGAAUUGACCAUUGAUCCGGCCCAUGUUUGGGAUAUCUGGAAGCUCAGUCUAAGAUUAGAGAUGUUGUGCUCAACUCUGGAGGAACCUCGUGGAGAACCCUUGCAACCUCCUGAAACAGCAAUGCUUGAGAAGAUGAAAAACAGAGGCGGAGAGGUGACUGAUCGCUUCUUGCUAAACUUCUUAACUCAUCAAGUCUCAAGGAUCGAGACCUGCAUUACUGCAAUCGCUACGCGUCAUUUGGCGCUUGGUCAAAUAGCUAUCUCCGACCUCGACCAAUUACGUGCACCAAUGGCAGACGUUAUGGAAGGUCUUGCAGCUGACCUGCGAGAAUUACAGCAAUAUAGAGCUAGGUACGGUCCGUUGGAACCGCCCUCGGUAUACGAAUCUGAGGAUGACUUCGAAACCGUAUAA